AUGAUCUGGAAGGGUAUCAUUCUCUUGAGCCUAUUGAGCUCACUACCUUUUGCAGCUUCUUCUCCAAAGAAACACCAAAAGGUUGUGACAACAACACUUGACACGCCUUCAGAUGAAUUCAAUGCGUCAGCUACAGCACCGCCACUUCAAACUUACAAUACCUCCAGCCCGCACACACCCUUUACUGGGACUCCAACUACCACAGGUGCGCUGACAGCUUCUUCCAUCGGAACGGGCAUCUCUGGCGGAGGCGUUGCACCCGGAGCAACAACAUAUCCCAGUGAUGGGAAACUUCACCAGGCAGAGCCUGCUCCACAUGUCCCAGCAGGUGGUGUUGGGACGAAUGGAAGCACACCCAUCUACAACACGAAGAGCGAUUUCGACUACGAGUCUUUAGCCCUUGCUCUAUAUCAAGAAUGGAUAGAGCUCGAUCUAUUCGAAGACGGACUAAGACGUUUCAACGAUUCAGCCUUCCGAGCCGCCGGUAUGACUUCUUCAGACCGCGAGUUGAUUGCAUUCAUGGCGGAGCAAGAGAUAGGCCACUCCACUAUGAUCAGCAACAUCCUCGGAGCACGCGCCCCACAGAAGUGCAGCUAUAUCUACCCUUAUACAAACGUCAAGGAGUUUGUCGACUUCUGUCAGAAACUUACUCGCUGGGGCGAAGCCAGCGUGUACGGGUUCUUGGCUCAUCUUGACUCGCGCGAGGCAGCCACUCUUUUGACUCAGACUGUCACUACGGAAGCACGACAACAAUUGAUCUUCCGCCAGUUCGAGGGCCUCUUCCCGAUGGUCGAGUGGUUCGAAACUGGAAUACCGCAGUCCUGGGCUUGGACACUGAUGGCACCAUUUAUAAGCUCCUGUCCUGAAAAUCAGACUCGCUUGAUUUGGCAAAAUUUCCCAUCGUUAAUGGUGGUUAAUGAGCCUGAUCCGUGGAUUUUGGGGACUCCUUCCCGCAACUUUUCAUCGAGUAACCGAACUUUUGGGUAUAAUUAUACUGCGAGUGCGCUCAAUGCGACUUCCGGAUUUAAUAGGACUUCUGGGUACAACUUUUCUACGAGUGCCGAUCAGAUUUCAAGACUGAAUCAGACUUCCGGGUUCAAUCAGACUUCAGGAUUCAUGUUCAAUCAGACUACCGGACACAAUAAUACUGUCGGGCCAGGUGUCAGCAUCCCCAAAUCACCGAAAGGAUCUGGAAGAUUCAAUUCGUCUACUUCAGGUCUCGGCUACCCUGUCCCUGUGAGCAAAACAUGCCCAAUACCUCUCACGGCACCGGGUCGUCGGGUGCUGUUGCAGUGGGAUCUUCCUGGGAAGAAAAUCGGUCCCAAUAACAGCUAUGUCACCACGACAGAGACGGAAGCUGGUAGUGCGAAGUAUGUCCUUUGGGUGUCGCAACUGAACAUUACUUACACGCCUCUGCAUGUUGUUAAUGGUACUAACAACGGUACCAACACUACCAACACUACCACUGAUGGCAUUCGAGGAUAUACUAUCCAGCCCGACUUGGAACUGUACCAGGGUGUCCCAGCUUUCAAUGGUACUAUUUUUAUUGCUAUCACAGACAGUGAUCCAUAUGUGAGCCCGUUCAAUCUGAGCUUGAUCAACCCGCAUGUGGUUGCCGGUCCAGCUAUGUACCAAGCUGGUUGA